GCGUGCAAUCUUCUUGUGGUGUCGGGUGCAAGUGGUGACGUAGAGCUGUUGCAGGGCUUAGUUAAAAUCGAAGAGGGCUGUUCGUUUGAGUGUUUCGUGCCUGCAUUAUAAGGAGACUUGUGACAAGCGACUGCGGUGAUCGCUUGAUAAGCUUCCAGCUGGCGACGUCGGCACGCGUGGAACUUGUUCUCACUUCCUUUGAGUGAAAGGUCAGGGCCAAGUGUCAGCCUGCAGUGUGUUAGGGGCAGCGUGCUGCGAAUAUCCUAGUGACUAACAUAUGGACCUUUCGAUGACAGUUGGCACGGAAGGCCUUUCGGUUUUGAAGCCAUUUGUACCCACCUUCCGGCUUACAACCACACGACUCUAAGGACGAGGCUGCGGGUGUGAACGUGCGACCCCACUAGCGACCAGCCAUGUCGAAGGCGCUGAGUCUGCCGCGGAACACGUCACCCACCCUGAGCAGCAGCCAGUCGUCCGGCUCCCUACAGCCUGGCCGACUGCGGUUGAGCGGCGCCGCGCUCCUCUCGCGAUCCCUGUUCAGUCUCCGGCGUCCGGUGCGCGCGCGUCAGCUCUCCGCCAGCGUGUCCGACCUGGCGCGCCGCGUCAUUGACCUGAGGUCAGCUGAUGACCCGCCGCAAGUGACCGGUGACGGUGACCCUGCCAAGGUCACGGAGACGGCGGCUGAGCAGGGCGAUAAACCGAGCAGUGGUGACCGGGACUGCGCCGAGACGGACCCGGAGGCGUUCGACCGCUCUAACCAGUGGCACCAGAAGGUGUACCGCUCGUUGAAACCGAAGGCGGUGAUCAGAGGCCGGUCUCCGGCGAGGGGUCUGUCGAAGGGCGCCGCCCGCCCGCCGACCUGCUUCCUCUGCUCCGGCAGCACGGCCAACACGGGCUUCAUCAUCGUGCACGGCCACUACCUGCACAUCAACUGCCUGCGCUGCGCCAGGUGUCAAAUUCUUCUGGAAGUGGGGGAUUGCCAGAUCAGGUAA